UGGGGGGUGGGAAGAGGGUUCGUCACGUGGCCUUGGCAGGGAGACUCACCUGCUCCAAUAAAAGUGGGCGCAGCCUCGCCUUAGAGAGCUUCAGCCCCCCCCUCAAAUCCUGCCCCAUCUCCCUUAGGGUCCUUCUUAAUAAGUCGCCAGCACCCACUUUGAGGCCCCUCUGCUCGUUAGGGACUCCACCCCACGUAUACCCAUGGCUGACCGUCAAUGGCUCCCUCUUUGUCCCCUUUCCAGACCCUCAUAGGGACCCCCAUCCCAUUGCUAUAGAAACCCCCUCCCCCGUUCAGCCAAGGAGAGAGCCUUCUGAUAGAAUUUUGAAUCUAACAGAUCUCCCCUCCAGGGAUCUCCAACAUCUCAAAAAAUCAGCCAUAAUCUCAGGGACCUUGAAGCUUCCCCCCCCCAACAAAAAAAGUCUCUGUGCUGCUUCUCCCAGAAUUCAUUAAUUUCCCUCCCCCAGCCCUCACAUCUUUCAGCUCUUGUCCCCAUUCAGGGACCUUCGCCCUCGACUUCCUCCAAUCUCAUGAUUCGUUUCUUUGUCCUCACAGAGUCCUUUCCAGAGGGAGGGGCGCCAUGGGGAAAAAAGGAGAGCGGGGGGCCAAGGACAAGGCUGCGGCCUUGGAAGAAGAAGCCAGGAAUGCUGCCAGAAGGGCUGAACAUGGGGAAGAGGAAUACCAGUGCACAGGGAUCCUGGAGCAGGAUUUCUUGGAGCUCUGCACCCGGGCUGGAUUCCAAGAGAUCCCAAAAGUUACACUGAGGCCACACCCCAAUUCUUUCGCUGUACAGGAGGAGCCUGACCCACUGGCCGAGAGGGAGGGUCCCUACAUCAUUGCACAGAUCCAGUGCAAGUAUGCCUUCUUCCGCCCCACCAUCCAGGUGGAUUUGGAACAUGAGGACCCCAAAACCACUAAGGAGAUCUUCAUCCGGAACUGGAAAAUCGAAGACAAGAUGCUGGGUAUCUUUGCCAAGUGCCUGCCAGCUCUUUCCCACCUCCAAUCAAUUCGGCUCUGGAAGGUUGGCCUGACAGACGUCACCUUCCUCUCUCUCCUCUCCAUUGUGCCAACCUGCUCCACACUCAAGACACUGGCCGUGGAGGGAAACCCUAUGCGUGAGCGAGUGUUCCACAAGCUGAUUGCUGAAGAGACCAACUUGGCCCACAUUUCCCUCCGGAACAACGAGAUCGAUGACGAGGCGGCCUUACUGAUUGGACAGGCGCUUUCUUCUCUCAAGGGCUCAAACAAGAACCUUGCCUCCAUCAACCUCAGCUAUAACCACAUCACAGAUGGCCUGCGGCUCAAUCGUUCGCUGCUUUCCUUGUCGCUGGCGCACAACCAGAUCAAAGAUGAAGGAGCCCUGAAGCUCGCAGAGGUUCUCGGCCCAUUUGCCCUCACACACAUGGAGGUGGUAGAGAGGAGGCGACUUCUGCUGGAGAAGGAGGCCCAGGAAAGAUGUCGCUUGCCACAGAGACAUGCGGAACUGAAAAACGAGCGCCCCUCCAGCCACAUGAGCAGCAUAGCCCUCGAUAAGCUCCAGACAGCCAAGACCACCAAAGCCAUCACUAAGAAGAAGGAGAAGGAGAAAGAGAAGGAGAAAGAACUUCCUAAGAAGGAUGACAAGGGCCAGGCCAGUGCAGCAACAGCUGCACCAGCAACACCAGCAGCUCAGUCCAAGAAGGAAGACUCCAAGCAGGCCAAGAAAGCGGCUCCUCCUGCCGAACCGAAAGCCGCCCGCGGCAAAGGAGCAAAAUCGGGCACCAAAGACAAACGGGCUCAAGUCAUAGAAGUGGAGGUGAUAGAGCCCACUGAGAUGGUGAAUCCGUUGCUGGAGCCAGCAGAGCACAGGGAUGGGCAAGUCUUCCUGCCAGGCAACCGGGUCCUCAUCUACUUGAACCUCAUCCGUAUGUCUCCCCUGGAGCAGCAGGGCCGGGCUGGGCCAGGCAGGGAGAAGAGGGUAACCAAAUCACAGAGAAGGGCUUGCAGGCCUUUCUGGUCGCCUUGGAACAGCAGAGUGUUAGGUUGGCUCCUGGAGGCAAAGGGCCGAUGGGCCUCCUGCGGCUGUCACUGGCGAAAAACAACUAUCCAGUGGACAGCAAGACCUAUGCCAGGAUCCAAGAGCUCAUGUGGACACGUGACCCCGUUCCCAGGUCAGGGACAGCAGCCAGGGUGGCAGAAGAGGAGAUGGGGGCGGCGUAGACCUUUAGCUGGAGAGCACACAAAAAAUCCAGGAUGAUCCCGCUGGCCUCCUCACAGCGCUCCUUGGAUUCAAGCAUCACUUGUCAUUUGAACGCAGGGAGAGGGAGGAAACUGCUUCCCACCCCAAUUCAAGAGAAGUGCAAAUAAACCUGAUGCUCACCUCCUCA